AUGGGGAUCGACUACUUCGGACCGUUUUUAGUAGCUGUCGGACGUAGAGUAGAGAAACGGUGGGGAGCAAUAUUUACCUGCCUCACCACUAGAGCGGUCCACCUGGAAGUAGCGGUAUCCCUGAACACCGCCUCGUGCAUCUUGGCGAUACGGCGGUUCAUCGCGAGACGAGGGACGCCUCUCGAGACGACUAGCGACCGAGGUACUAACUUUGUCGGAGCCUCACGCGAGCUGGAUGAAGCGCUACAGGAACUUGACCACGAUGCGUUGAUGGAAGAGUUUUGCGGUCCGCGAUUGAAGUGGACCUUCAAUCCACCAGAGGCACCACACUUCGGCGGCUGCUGGGAACGCAUGGUGCGCUCCGUGAAGAAGAUCCUGAACCAGUGUGUGUUCCCUCGACGCCCUACGGAUGAGAUACUGAUGUCAGCCUUUGCAGAGAUCGAGCUCAUACUGAAUUCGCGACCGCUCACAUACGUACCCUUGGAAGAUGAACUGGCUGAACCCAUAACACCGAAUCUGCUGUUGCUCGGGAGUUCGGACGGAAGCAAACCCCCGGCUGCGUAUUGCGACAAUCCCGUUGCAAUAAGAUCCACCUGGAGGAUGGCACAACAUGCAGCGGAUCUGUUUUGGAAGCGGUGGGUAGCCGAGUAUUUACCUACUCUUACGCGUCGAACCAAGUGGUUCCAACCUGUACGGCCUCUUAAGCAAAUAUCAGCCGGCCGGUCAAGGCGCGAAACCGACGGUGCCCUUCUCGAGGAGCUGGUGGCACUCGAGAAAGAGAGGCACGCGAUGGUUGCAAAGAAGAGUGGCAACUACCAUGCCAUGAUGAGUUUGGUCACUCUCAUGGAUAUGCUGACCGUGGAGGACCAAAUUGACGCGCGGGAGGAGAUCUUGCGGUUUGGCCACCGCGUGUUAAAGGAGAAGUUGCGUAGUUAUAAGGAUAGUUAG